AUGGACUCUGAGCGCCAGAACGGCUUUCAGAGGGACCUAGACAUAUACGCACGACCCAUUGAACGCCGCCCUAGCAAAAAAUCUUCCUCCAAGGACCGCCACGGGAUGGUUUAUCCAGACCACUUCGGGGAAACCUCCAUACGGUCCGUCAGCCCUCAGGAGGAGUCGCUCUCCGAUGCACAGAAUCAUUCGCCUGCAUCAGAUGCCGAGUACCUGGCCAGCGCAACCGCCUCCCCUCGAACCACGCUUCGCGGAAAGCCGCGUGAUCGACGGCGUGAGUUCAGCCCCUUCCACGCCGGACAUAAUAAUAAUAAGCCCAAUGACGAUGAUCUCCCCGUGCCAGAUUCGCGAAGUCUAAGAGCCAGGUCGAAAACCACCACCAUGGAAGACCAGAGAGGUGACCUGCCGUCCAGCACCUUUCUGGGCCGGACCAGGAUGAGAUUAGGUUCGCUGACCACCGCUGCUUCGGCCAACAUGGCAUCGGGAUCGCCACAGAGCCCCCGGCCGCCGCUUCAGGACGAAUCGAUUACCUCCAUCGGGUUUCCCUCCAUCAUUCAGUCGCCCGGACCACGCCCUCGUUUUGUCAAAUCACAGUCGGCUCUCUCGCCCGGCCUGCCUCCGUCCAACGCCUCAAGCCCCGGACCCUAUGUAUCUCAAAUGCUGAACCCGGAUUCAUCCAAGAUACUCGAUCUGAUGAAGUCUACUUGCGGUAGAAUGCACGGAAUCCUCUCCUUUCGAAUAUCCGGAUCCCCUUCCUGGACGUCAGGAUACUGUGCCAUUAACGUUGCUGCAGGAAGCCUCAUCUACCAAGCAAAGGGCGAACCCAGCCUGGCAAAGACCCUCAUCCCCGACCUCCGCGGCUGUCGCGUUCGUACCCUCUAUUCUACAGAAAUACAAAGCACAUACCUCAGCGUUUCGACUUACUCCUCCACCCUUAGCGUACAUCUGCGCCCCCAUGUGAAAGAGACCUUUGAUUCCUGGCUUGCUGCCCUCUUGUGCUGGCAACCCAUUCGCCCAAAGGGCGUCCAAAAUAAAAUGACUAAGCCCCAGUCAGUCGCCAUAACUGAACGGCGUCUCGCAGAUCGCCGGAGAAAUUCAGAGAGUACCUUACAGAAAGAAGCAACCAUUAUCAAAGUAGGCAAGAUGUUAUUGUGGGAUAGACAGAGUGCUUCAGGCGUAUGUCCGCCACCGACCCCAAGGCGGAUAUCAACCUUCAAGCAACAACGAGCACUUUCACAUUAUUGGCGGAAGGUGAACUGCACAUUACAAGAGAACGGCCAUAUGAAAAUUGUUACAGAAGCCGGAACAAAUCUUGUAUCUUUCAUACAGCUCUCUCAACUCUCACGAUGUGCCAUUCAGAAACUGGACGCUUCCGUUCUGCAGGACGAGUUCUGCAUAGCUAUAUAUCCUCAGUAUGCUGUUCACGCUGGAAGUGACCACUUGACGCGCCCUGUCUACCUCUCCAUGGAAAGCCGUGUACUGUUCGAAGUGUGGUUCGUCCUGCUCCGGGCGUUUACAAUUCCUGAACUCUAUGGCCCCGAACUGCCCCCCUCAACCGACGAGCUCGGUCGUCCUCAUCCCUUAGCCAUGUCCCAGACAGUCCCAACUACAACGACAGAUAUGUUCCGAAUCGAGCGCCUUCUCAAUGUCCGUGUGAUUGAAGCCAAGAUUUUCCCGCAGGCAAAGGCCGAGCAACCCGAAAAGAGCAAAAAGUCCUCCAAGCAGCAACAAGGCCCUUCUCAGGCCGCCGGGGAUUACUAUGCCGAAGUGCUUCUUGACGGCGAAGUAAGAGGCAAGACCGCGGUGAAGAGCGGCACCUCUUCCCCGUUCUGGCGAGAGGAUUUCACAUUUCAUGACCUACCCCCUGUCCUGUCAAGCGCUACUGUGGUAGUAAAGUCUCUCAAUCCUGUACAGAAAGACUGGACGCUUGUCUCUCGUGGAACUUACACACCCAAUGAUAGUGAUCGCGAGCAUGACCCGUUAACAGUUCUAGGUGACGUAGAAGUAGCCUCCCAAGAUACCACAUUUGGCAGAAUAGACCUUCCUCUGGACAGCCUAGAUGCCGGUAACGGGUCUGAAAAAUGGUGGCAGAUCCUUGAUGAUAACGAUCAGCCAGUUGGCGAAAUGCUGAUGCGUGUCCAACUCGAUGAAACGGUUGUCCUGAUGUCGCAGGAAUACAAAGUCAUGUCCGAACUUCUCCACUCCUUCCCGAACGGCCUCACAGUUCAUCUCGCAGAGCUCGCACCACAGGAGCUCCGGCAACUCUCCGAAAUAUUCCUCGACAUCUUCCAGGUGUCCGGUCAAGCAAGUGAAUGGGUCACUGCGCUCGUCGAAGAUGAAAUCGACGGCCUCCACCGAGAAACAUCUGCCAGUCGCCUUCGCUAUACCAGCCGCAUCCACUCCAAUGACUCCUACGAAUCGGGACAGGAACGAGAAGUGCUUGUCCGUGACCUGGGCCGCUCUGCAACUGUCGAAGCCAAUCUACUUUUCCGUGGAAACUCACUGCUUACCAAGUCCUUAGACAUGCAUAUGCGUCGGCUAGGGAAAGAGUAUCUCGAAGAAACUAUUGGCUCAAGUAUAAGAGAUAUUGAUGAGAGUGAUCCGGACUGUGAAAUUGAUCCAAAUCGUGUCAGCAGGCAAGAAGACCUAGAACGUAAUUGGCGCAAUUUGAUAAUUCUCACAAGUAAUAUGUGGCAGUCAAUUGCCGGGUCAGCUUCGCGAUGUCCACCGGAACUGAGAUAUAUAUUCCGGCAUAUUAGGGCUUGUGCGGAGGACCGGUAUGGUGAUUUCCUCCGUUCUGUUACCUACAGCAGUGUUUCGGGAUUUCUGUUUCUACGGUUCUUUUGCCCUGCAAUCCUGAACCCGAAACUGUUUGGCCUUUUGAAAGAACACCCACGAGCUCGUGCUCAGCGAACAUUGACAUUAGUCGCAAAAGGUCUUCAGGGUCUUGCGAAUUUAACAACGUUUGGAAACAAGGAGCCGUUUAUGGAGCCCAUGAACAAAUUUCUUAUGUCUCAUCGGAAUGAGUUCAAGGAUUUUAUCGAUGCAAUUUGCGCCAUACCCGCCGAGCGCCCACCACAAAUAGUUAACCCCUCAUUCGCAACUCCUAUCCAGAUUCUUGGACGCUUACCUCCAACUUCCCGAGAAGGAUUCCCUAGCUUGCCAUUCCUGAUUGACAAUGCUAGAAGUUUUGCAUGCCUGGCGCGCGUAUGGCUGCAAGCUGCACCAAGUGGUCUUACAGAAAUUCCCGACAUGGACGUGAAUAUUCUCAAGUUCCAUUCGCUAUGUAUUGAAUUGGAGAACCGGACAAAAGAGUCGCUCAACAAGGCGGAGCAGGCGGAACAGCCUAGUGGUAAUCUUGAGGUAAAAUGGGAAGAAAUCGCCGAGCAAGUUGAAAAGUCUGGCACUUUCUAUGAUGAAAGCUCAAGUAAAGCCAACACGCCAAGUAAGGAGUCUGCUAUAACGAACGUCAACUCUACAUCGGCAAGCAACAAUCGAAAUUCGAUCGGCUAUUUCCCUCGCACACCAUAUCUAAAGUCCACCGAGGCCAGCAUUAGCGACGACCCUGAUGACGAUACCCCUUCCAGUGCCACAUCCGCUCCCUGGGAACAAGGUCGCCCAACCUUCACUCAACCAAAAUACUACGCUGAUUCCCGGAAGAGUACUGAGAGCCUACAAAACCCUUCCACCGUCUCAUUAACACAGACGGAGACGCCCAAGAAUCGACAGUCAGGCAUGUCCCGCGACUCAGGGAAAUACCGUCUUUUUGAGUUCGUCGAUAGGACUAGACGGAAAGGAAAGGAGAGAGAAUCGUCACAAUCUCAAGGGGCCACGCACCAGUCGGAUCCAAUCCACGGCUGCACAUUUUCUAGUUCAACUUUUUGA